AGGUGUCAGAGGUCACGGCAGCGUUGGCGCUGCCGUUUUUUUUCUUUUUACCCGGAAAUCACGGCUGCCGGAUUCUGAGGGGAUCCCGCGUUACGGUGGCGGGAGCCGGGCUGGUCUCUGGUCUUCACAUCGGCCCUGCGGAGCCGGACGCUGCCCCUGGAGCGGCGGGGAGGAUGGUGCCGAGCGGCCCCGGUCCCGCCGCGCGCCGCCGCGAGUGAGCCCAGCGCGGCCGCGGGCGUCCGCCGAGCAGCUGGCCCGGCCGGGCCCGGGGCGCGCCGCUGCCCGCCGAGGCGGGGUGGAGCUGAUCAGAAUAAUGUUCAACAUCAACCCCCUGGAGAACCUGAAGGUCUACAUCAGCAGUCGGCCUCCCCUGGUGGUCUUUAUGAUCAGUGUGAGCGCCAUGGCAAUAGCUUUCCUGACCCUGGGCUAUUUCUUCAAAAUCAAGGAGAUUAAAUCACCAGAAAUGGCAGAGGAUUGGAAUACUUUUCUGCUGCGGUUUAAUGAUUUGGACUUGUGUGUAUCAGAAAAUGAAACAUUAAAGCAUCUCAUAAACGACACCACAACUCCAGAAAGCACUGUGACCAGCGGGCAGGCCAGAGGGUCCACCCAGUCCCCCCAGGCUCUGGAAGAUUCCGGCCCAGUUAACAUCUCAGUUGCAAUCACCCUAACCCUGGACCCCCUCAAACCCUUUGGAGGGUACUCUCGCAACGUCACACACCUGUACUCGACCAUCUUAGGGCAUCAGAUUGGACUUUCAGGCAGGGAAGCCCACGAGGAGAUAAACAUUACCUUUACCCUGCCUGCAGCUUGGAGCUCGGAUGACUGUGCCCUUCAUGGUCACUGUGAGCAGGUGGUGUUCACAGCCUGCAUGACCCUCACGGCCACCCCUGGCGUGUUCCCCGUCACUGUGCAGCCACCACACUGUGUUCCUGACACAUACAGCAAUGCCACACUGUGGUAUAAGAUCUUCACAACUGCUAGAGAUGCCAACACAAAAUAUGCUCAAGAUUAUAAUCCUUUCUGGUGUUACAAGGGGGCCAUUGGAAAAGUCUAUCAUGCUUUAAAUCCUAAGCUUACAGUUAUUGUUCCAGAUGAUGACCGUUCAUUAAUAAAUUUGCAUCUCAUGCACACCAGUUACUUCCUCUUUGUGAUGGUGAUAACAAUGUUUUGCUAUGCUGUUAUCAAAGGCAGACCCAGCAAAUUACGUCAGAGCAAUCCUGAAUUUUGUCCUGAGAAGGUGGCUUUGGCUGAAGCCUAAUCUCACAGCUCCGUGUUUCCUGAGAGACUCAGAAUCAUAAUCCUUGCCUGCUGCACCCAGCCUGGGCCUGGACACUCUGUGAAUACGUUACCUUGCAAUGUUGGGUUAUUCCAGCCAAAGACAUUUCAAGUGCCUGUAACUGAUUUGUACAUAUUUAUAAAAUUCUAUUUGGAAAUUGGUUCAGUGAUGCACGUGCUUUGCACUGAGUGCAGCUAGAGCCUGUCAGCCUCACUGUGCACUGGUGGAAUUGGCAGGAACUUUCCGCCAAGCACUAGAGAAGAUUCAUGGAUCUUGCUGCAUCAGAGCAGGGCAUGAUGUUUUUACCAAGGUCACAGGCGCGUUUCAUUGCUGGUGAGGUUGAGGUUUACUUUGGUCUUGUUUCUGCCUGAUUGUACAGAAUGCUGAAACAGUCUGCACCUUUGAUAUGAUAUUGCAUUUCCAGAGCCACCAAUCCAUUUUGUGGAUUUUAUGUGUCUGUGGCUUAAUAAUCAUAGUAACAACAAUAAUACCUUUUUCUCCAUUUUGCUUGCAAGGAAACAUACCUAUCUAAGUUGGGGUUUUCUUUUUUUGAAGAAAAACUGGUCACAUUUUAAUACUACUCUAGUUAGGACAGACUUGUGCUUUUAUCCUGAGUAAAAAGUGAAAUAUUCAAAAUUCACCUCAUGGUAAAAGAUCUAAGUUUUAUUUUCCACAUGGACAGUGAGGAGCCUGGUCUUGUUUGAGUUGGCAUAGAAUGUUCUACUGUCUUUUUGUCCUCUGUUGCACCUUCCUUGUAUUAUAAAAGUUAAACUUCCUCACCUAGAAUGGCUUAAAAAUUAAGUAGAUGGUUCUAGAGUAGAGUAAAAAUGAUCUACUUUCUGGAAUGCAGAUGACAGUAUGGAAAGAGAAUGAUUUGGUUUAAUAGUCGUGAAGGGGUUUUUUUUUUUUUGGAAGAGGGGUGGGUUUUCUUUUUUUCAUUUAUUUUUAUGCAGCUCACGUCCUCAGAAGGAAAAUGGCAACUAGUAGGUGAGUAACAUAAUGAAAAUGAUGCCUGUGAAAUGUGAAGGAAUGCGAUUUUGAUUUGCCAUUUAUUGGGGAAAACCAAAAGCAUUUUUUAAAUAACAUUUUGAUUAUCUAGUUCCUGUCUCUUCUUCCUUAAAAAAAAAUUGUGCAUUAUCUUUUCCAGUCCUUUCUUGUUACUUGUAUAUUCUUACUGUUUUUCUUUUUCUUAAUAAUUCUUGGCCUUAAUAACUUCAUUGUUGUUAAUGACAUCUGUGUUCUCCCAGGCAGUGUUACAGCUGAAGGCCCAUUAAAACCUUAGAUGUGACUGUCAGCAUUUCUUUCCCUUAACUCUAGGUCUGUUCUAAAUUAGAAUUAGUUCCUGCAGUAUGAAAUAUUCAGACCUAGGGCAUUGUAGUCUAGUCAUUCUUGAAUGGAAAACAAUUGUGGGUUCUUACUGAAGGUUGAUAAAAUAAUCACCCUAGUAACUUGAUAUGUUAGUAUUCCUUUUUUUUUUCUUUCAGUACAUUUCAGGGGUGGUAAUUGUAUUUGUCUAUCCAGUUUUUUUGUAUGACACGAGUUGCUUACAUGAUGCAUGACUAACUUGGUAAUUUAGUUUUCUUUUUAGAGACUUUGAGACCCUUAAGAGACAAGACUGAGAAAGAGCCAUUUGGCUUGGCUUUUAGAAAUGUCAAUAUCAUUAGAACCCUCAGAUUUUAGAUUAAGCUGCUUCUGAAUAAAAUCCCAAUGCAGUAGAGUUAUAGGGAUAGAUUUAUAACUGGCAGAGUCAUAUAAAAGGAAAAAGACAAGUGAGAAAAGUUUGUCACUGGUUUGAUCAAUCUAGUUUGUUGCUAAUAGUAAUUAGCCUUGUUUUAAUUAUAGGGAAUGGCUAGAAUCUGUAGCCAGGGGAGGAAGGACACUGUUAGGCAUGAGAGGAGGAAGUGCCAAAAAUGUCUGGACAAUAUGGCUUGUCUUGAGGCCAGGACACACACUUUAAAAUCCAACAUUGACCCUAGCAAGUAAUUCUCAAAGAUCUCCUAGAAAUGCAGAGUCAGUCAGGUGGAUGAAGGAGGGCUGGGGAAGAGAGGAGGCCGUGGGACGUGGGUGAAGAGGCCUGGGACCUUACAGAGAAGGCCCAGUCUACAGCUGUGUCUUGCUGGUGGACCUUAGGAGAGUGUUACAGAUGGGGCCCACUGCCGUUUAGGGGUCACCCCGCACUGGAGCACAGGCUUGUUCUCAGGCACCUUGGACUGGAGGUCCAACAAAAGGUCAGCAACUUACUAUUAAAAUGGUUGUUUCAGAUCAUAUUGAUCUCUUUCCUUUUUCCUUUUGUCCUUUUACUGUACGACUUGAAUCAGUUUUGAUUCUGUGUGUAAGUUUUUCUCAUCGUUAGGAACCUGCCGUUUCUGUUGCAUUUUCUUUGGCAGUAUAUAGGGAUUCAACAUCCUGGUUUUUCAACCCUCCUGCAGGCACUGUGGGGUUAUGAGGGCCAGUGGAUCCAUUUCACUAUUUUGCUGCAUGAUGGUCAGUAGCUGAUCUGUUAUGGCAUUCACUCCCAGAUUAAUUUUCUGUGUUUGAAAUAUGUGCAUAUGUGCUUUACAGAAUAAAACAUCUGAAUUUA